AAGACCAAUCCUAGACUUCAAUCCUAUCUAUCUACCUGUCUGUCAUACAUUGCUUUCGAUUUUCUUGCUCUUUUGCCAAACACGCCAAAUUUUCUCGCUGAUUUUCCCGCACUUUCUCGCCCUCUGAAACUUUUACCAAAAGGGAAAACUUUUAAAGGAAAUAUCUCAAUCUAGGAGGCUAGGGGUUUUAGAAGAGUGGGUAUCAAUGCAGACUAGGUUAAUGGAGAGGACUAAUUCCAUGAGAGGGAAGAGGAGUUUAGAUGGUGGUGGAGGUGGAGGAGACGACGAGCAGCCGGAGCGGAAGCGGCCUGCUCUUGCUAGUGUAAUUGUUGAGGCCCUGAAGGUGGACAGUUUGCAAAAGCUCUGCUCGUCUUUGGAACCUAUUCUUCGUAGAGUUGUCAGUGAAGAAGUGGAACGUGCUUUGGCAAAGUUAGGCCCUGCUAGACUCAAUGGAAGGUCUUCCCCAAAACGAAUUGAAGGUCCAGAUGGACGAAACUUGCAGCUGCACUUUAGGUCCAGAUUGUCUCUUCCUCUCUUCACAGGAGGGAAAGUAGAAGGCGAGCAGGGUGCUGCAAUCCAUGUUGUUUUGAUUGAUGCAAGCACUGGCGUUGUUGUGACAUCUGGACCUGAAGCCUCUGUCAAACUAGACGUUGUUGUGCUUGAAGGUGAUUUUAAUAAUGAGGAUGAUGAAGACUGGACUCAAGAAGAGUUCGAAAGCCAUGUGGUGAAAGAGCGUGAAGGUAAGAGGCCUUUGUUGACUGGAGACCUACAAUUGACGCUCAAGGAAGGGGUAGGGACGUUGGGGGAGCUCACGUUUACGGAUAACUCAAGUUGGAUAAGGAGCAGGAAGUUCCGGCUUGGCUUGAAGGUUGCCACUGGAUUUUGUGAGGGCAUACACAUACGUGAAGCAAAGACAGAAGCUUUUACUGUUAAAGAUCACAGAGGGGAAUUGUACAAGAAACACUAUCCCCCUACAUUAAAUGAUGAAGUAUGGAGAUUAGAGAAAAUUGGCAAGGAUGGGUCAUUCCACAAGAGGCUAAACCAGGCAGGAAUAUUCUCGGUUGAAGAGUUUCUUCGGCUUGUGGUCCGAGAUCAGCAAAAACUUCGGACUAUCCUUGGAAGUGGAAUGUCAAAUAAAAUGUGGGAAGCUCUCUUAGAGCAUGCAAAGACCUGUGUCCUGAGUGGGAAGUUUUUUGUUUACUAUCAUGAUGAUACAAGAAAUACUGGUGCUGUUUUUAACAACAUCUAUGAACUGAGUGGCCUUAUUAAUGGGGAGCAAUAUUUUUCUGCCGAUUCUCUUUCUGACAGCCAGAAGGUGUAUUUGGAUACAUUGGUGAAGAAAGCUUAUGAGCAUUGGGAACAAGUUGUAGAAUAUGAUGGCAAGUCACUUAUGAGCUUCAAGGAGAAUAAGAAGUCCAGUACAUUGCGGAAUGACCAAAACAUGGGGAUAGUUGAUUACUCUAAUGCAUUAAAUCAUCAACUGCCACUACCACGCUUGCCAGUUCCUUUGGAGCAACCUCCACUGGAUUCUGGCUUACCUGUUGGAGGGUAUAAUGAUAACCUGGCAACAAGGUAUUCAACACAGCCGCAGAUUGUAAAUUCAAAUUCUCGUAGCCAAUUUGAUAGCACUUCUUUUGUACCACAUGACCAUAUGAUCACCAAUUCUCACCAGCCCCAAAGCACAAGAAAUAAUAACAGUGCUGUUGGGCUGGCCCUUGGUCCCUCACAACCAUCUACAUCAGGACUUCAGAAUAUCAACUCUACACUUACACCAGCUACUCUUAAUCCUUUUGAUGAGUGGUCACAAAACCGGGACAAGGGAGUUGAAGACUUCUUUUCUGAGGAAGAGAUUCGCAUCAGAAGUCAUGAGAUGCUUGAGAAUGAGGAUAUGCAGCACUUGCUCCGACUCUUCAGUAUGGGAGGUCAUGCCUCCAUUAAUGUGCCGGAGGAUGCGUAUCAGUUCACACCAUACGUGCAAUCACCAAUGCCAAGCUUUGAUGAGGAUCGUGGCCGAUCUGGAAAAGCUGUUGUGGGUUGGCUGAAGAUAAAGGCGGCUAUGAGGUGGGGCUUCUUUAUCAGGAAGAAAGCAGCUGAGAAGCGGGCUCAGCUUGUUGAGUUAGAUGAUGAAUAGAUGUUGCCCAGAGAUUGCAAUUAGGUUUUCUCCUCUAACCUUUGCACUAGUUUACUAUGAAAAUCAUGCAAACUCUUCAUGGUUGGUAGCAACUCCUUGAGGUUCGCUUCUGGGACUGCCUGAAAUCAUUGGUUUCGUAAGUCUUGAGGAUCACUGAUGUUGUUUGAGUAUUUAGACAGCAGGGGUUUCUCCUCUUGUACAGUUUGCCUGUACAGUUGUUUCUGUUGAUUACCCAUCUUUCUAUUAAGAUGCUUCUCUUAUCACCACUGUUGGUUUUCUGAAUGAUAUAUAUAUGCGUUUUGGGGUUCUAAGGGGGUAAAUGUGCUUUUCAAUUGAUGGCCCCUUUGAUGUUGUUGACUGAUUGGGGGAACAUUUUUAAUAUUUAUGACUUUAAUUUGUUGUUUCAAUCAUUUUGUGUACAAGGAUGAUGUCUUCUAAUAUCUUGUUAGCUGUUUCUAUAUUUUGAUAA